AUGUCUGUCGAGCGUGUUAUUUCGGAGAGUGACCUGACUGCGCUCCCAGAGCACGAUGGACGAGAGCACAUCUCCACCUCAAGCCUUGCUAUCGCGAGAAACGGGCACUCAAACGACGUGUCGAAGAAGAGACAGAGUCUCUCGGACUUGUUCACCAUCUUUGCUUGCGGCUUUGCUCUGAUCAGCGAUGGAUAUCAGAACAAUUUAAUGACCAUGACCAAUGUCCUCCUCAAGGCCGAAUAUCCCAAGAAGUACACCACCGCCGUCAGCACGCGUGUGUCUAAUGCACUACUGGUCGGCGAAGUUCUCGGCCAAGUUAUCAUCGGAUUGACGUGCGACUACCUGGGCCGCAAGACCGCCAUCAUCUUCACCACUCUCAUGAUCGUCAUUGGAGGAAUUCUUGCUACAGCCUCAAACGGUGUGACUAUCGAUGGCAUGUUCUGGAUGAUGACUAUUGCGCGCAGCGUUGUUGGGUUUGGCGCUGGUGGCGAAUAUCCCGCAUCCUCAACCGCAGCCUCAGAAGCAGCAAAUGAUCUCGUGCCUCAACGCCGAGGCCCGGCCUUCAUCAUGGUCACCAACUUCCCCCUAUCAUUCGGAGGCCCGUUCGCGGUAUCAAUCUUCCUGAUCGUUCUCUGCGCCUGUAACCAGACACACUACAGCACCGUGUGGCGAGUAUGUUUCGGCAUCGGAUGCAUCUGGCCAUUAUCGAUCUUCUACUUCCGAAUCCGCAUGCUGAACUCUGUCCUCUACCGCCGCGGCGCAAUAAAGAAACAUGUCCCUUACAAACUCGUGUUGCGAUACUACUGGCGAUCGUUAAUUGGAACAUGCGGUGCAUGGUUCCUCUAUGACUUCGUGACCUUCCCGAACGGCGUCUUCUCAGGCACGAUCAUCUCCUCUGUCGUACCCAAGGGCACAAUCCUCCAAACGGGCGAAUGGCAACUCCUCCUCGGCGCCAUCGCCCUGCCAGGCGUGUUCCUCGGUGCUCUUCUCUGCGACAAGCUCGGCCGAAAGCCAAUAAUGAUGCUAGGCUUCAGCGGGUACCUCAUCUUCGGCCUGAUAAUCGGCUGCGCGUACGACCGCAUAACGAAAAUCGUCCCUCUCUUCGUGGUCUUCUACGGGCUCAUGCAGAGCUGUGGCAACUUCGGACCUGGAAACAUGCUCGGACUUAUCUCGUCUGAGUCUUAUGCUACUGGUGUCAGAGGGACGUGUUAUGGGCUUUCGGCGGCUAUUGGGAAGGCUGGGGCUGCGGUGGGCACGCAGGCUUUUUUGCCGAUUAAGAGUCACUUGGGGGAUAAGUGGACUUUUAUCAUUGCUGCUAUUUGUGGAGUUGUUGGUGUUGUUGUUACCUGGGUUUUUGUGCCGGAUUUGUCGGGGGAGGAUCUUAGGGUUAGGGAUGAGAAGUUUCGCGCUUACCUAGUUGCUCGGGGUUGGGAUGAAGAUAUGGGAGAGGGCGAUUUAAAGGCUCUGGCCGAUCAGGGCAUCAAUUCUGGGGAAGCUGUCUCUGUACCGCAGUUAGCUAAGUAA